AUGUUAGAAGAACUUCCAGACCUGGAACUGGCAGUUUUGCCAGGGAAAGGGAUUGGGACACCACCUAACACUACCCCUAUCAAAAAUAGCUCUCCAGAAAUUAAGCUGAAAAUCACCAAAACAUACAUGAAUGGGAAGCCUCUCUUUGAAUCUUCCAUUUGUGGUGACAGUGCUGCUGAUAUAUCUCAGUCAGAAGAAAAUGGACAAAAACCAGAAAACAAGGUGAGAAGGAACAGGAAGAGGAGCAUAAAAUAUGACUCCUUGCUGGAGCAGGGCCUUGUCGAAGCAGCUCUGGCGUCUAAGAUCUCAAGUCCUUCAGAUAAAAAGAUUCCAGCUAAGAAAGAGUCUUGUCCAAACACUGGCAGAGACAAAGACCACCUGUUGAAAUACAACGUCGGUGAUUUGGUAUGGUCCAAAGUGUUGGGUUAUUCUUGGUGGCCUUGCAUGGUUUCUGCAGAUCCACUCCUUCACAGCUAUACCAAACUUAAAGGUCAGAAAAAGAGUGCAUGCCAGUAUCCUAGCCUGGGUUUCUAAUGGGAGGCGGUAAAGAAAACGCAGUCCUAUCAUGGU